AUUUUUUUCUUACGGACUAGAGUUGUGCGCCAGCCAUGCCAGAGCUGACUUCAAAGGGUACUACCAUUUCCAAGAAGGGCUUCAAGAAAGCUGUAAGUAAAACCCAAAAGAAAGAGGAGAAAAAGCACAAGAGAUGCCGCAAGGAGAGCUUUUCCAUUUACAUCUACAAGGUGCUCAAGCAGGUCCACCUGGACACUGGUAUGUCUUCCAAAGCCAUGAGCAUCAUGAAUUCUUUUGUUACUGACAUCUUUGAGUGUAUCUCAGGCGAGGCGUCUCAACUGACGCAUUACAACAAGCGCUCGACCGUCACGUCCAGAGAGAUGCAGCCGGCGGUGCUCCUGCUUCUGCCGGGAGAGCUGGCCAAGCACGCUGUGUCUGAGGGCACCAAGGUGGUCACCAAGUACACCAGCUCCAAGUGA